AUGGGUAUGAAAGCCGACUCCGCUGAGUUCCACCAUGUUGAGACGCAUGGGGAUCCUAUCCCGAAGCUUGGUGAAUCAGAGGAGAUACACGGCGAGGACAGAUACGGUAAAGCAGGCAUUGCCGGCAUCUUCAGCAACAAAUAUGUCAGUGCCUGCGCACUCUUCGCCACACUGGGCGGUGCCCUCUUCGGCUACGACCAAGGCGUCGUCUCCGUCACCCUGACAAUGGACCAAUUCCAAGCUCGCUUCCCCGAAGUCUCCGAGACUGCCGCCGGAGGAGGGUUCCAGAAAGGCUUGCUGACAGCCAUGAUCGAACUGGGUGCUUUCGCUGGGGCAAUGAACCAGGGCUGGAUUGCGGAUAAGAUCUCCCGGAAGUGGUCGAUCAUGGUGGCUGUGUGGAUCUUCCUUCUUGGGUCUGCAUUGCAGACGGGUGCGAUGGACUUUGGGAUGCUUCUUGCCGGUCGGUUUGUGGGUGGGAUGGGGGUGGGCAUGUUGUCGAUGGUGGCGCCGUUGUAUAUUUCGGAGAUUGCGCCGCCGGAGAUUCGAGGGACGCUGCUGGUCCUGCAGGAGUUGUCGAUUGUAGGCUCGAUUGUGGUUGCGUUCUAUACCACGUACGGGACGAGGUUCAUCCAGAGUGAAUGGGCCUGGCGUCUGCCGUUUCUCAUUCAGAUGAUACCGGCAAUCAUCCUCGGAAUCGGUAUCCCAUUCCUCCCAUACUCCCCCCGCUGGUUAGCCUCUAGAGGCCGUGAUGAUGAGGCCUUGCAGACGCUUUGCAAACUGCGCAAUGUCCCUGCCACCGACCGUCGAGUGCUGCGAGAAUGGUUCGAUAUCAGAGCUGAAGCUGCCUAUCGCAAAGAAGUCAGCAUCGAACGCCAUCCUAAGCUGCAAGACUCGAGCUACUCCAGCCGGAUCAAACUGCAAGUCAUCAGCUACCUUGAUUGUUUCGGAAAGGGAUGCCUGAAACGCACUCAUGUCGGUAUUGGCAUCAUGUUCUUUCAACAAUUCUCCGGCAUCAACGCCCUCAUCUACUACUCCCCCUCCCUCUUCGCCAACAUGGGCCUCGACUACACCAUGCAGCUCGACAUGUCCGGCGUCCUCAACAUCUGCCAGCUCGUCGGCUGCCUCUGGUCUCUCUGGGGCAUGGACAAAUUCGGCCGUCGGCCACUCCUCCUCACCGGCGGCGUCUGCAUGGUGAUCUCCCACCUCAUCAUCGCCAUCCUGGUCGGCAAAUACGACAAGGUCUGGCUCUCCCACCCCGGCGCAGCAUGGGCAUCCGUCGCUUUUCUCUUCUUUUACAUGAUCACGUACGGCGGGUCCUGGGCCCCAGUGCCCUGGGCGAUGCCGGCUGAGAUAUUCCCCGCCUCGCUACGUGCAAAAGGCGUCGCAUACGCGGUCAUGUCGAACUGGAUGAAUAACUUCAUCAUCGGGCUGAUUACGCCGCCGUUGCUGCAGAAUACCGGAUUCGGGACGUAUGUGUUCUUCUGUGCAUUUUGUAUUCUUGCUGUGGUGUGGGUGUAUUUUGUCGUUCCGGAGACGAAUGGCCGGACGUUGGAGCAGAUGGACGAGGUGUUUAAAGACAACACGGGGGCUGCAGAACAGGCGCAUCGCGCGAGGAUUGAGGCGGAGAUCACGGCUGGCUUUAGGGAGGCCUCGGUAGCUGUUUAG